AUGUUAACCCACUUCAGAGCCCGGAGCAGGAGUUUGUUCCACAGCUACAAGCCCGGCAGCCGGACUCAAGCCAUCAAAGAACCGGUCAACUGCCUGGACUUCACCUACACUUUUAAGCCAUGGAACUCCAUGCAGGAUCUGGGCAGAGACAUCUAUGAUCUUUAUGCUGAGUAUGAAGAUGAGGAGGAAGAUCGCUUCCCGGUGUCUCCAUCUCCGCUGCUGAUCUCUCCAACCAAACACUUCAUUCUCAACAUCAACGUUGGAGGAACGGUAUACCACCUGCCUUACAGGUUAGCUGCCAGGUAUCCAAAAACACGGAUCGGCCGAUUGGCCACUUACACGGACCACAGCAGCAAGUUGGACCUGUGUGACGACUACAUCGUCCAGAGCAACGAGUUCUUCUUCGAUCGAGAUCCCAAAAUCUUCCACAACGUCUUCAACUUCUACAGAACUGGAGUGCUGUGGAUUAAAGAUGAGCUGUGUCCCCGCAAUUUUCUGGAGGAGAUACACUACUGGGGCGUCAGAAUCAAAAACAGCCAACGCUGCUGCCGCAUCUCCUUCGAAGAGAGGCAGGAUGAGCUGAACGAGCAACUGAAAAUACAGAAGCAGCUGAUGGCAGAGGUGGAGAUGGAGGAGAACGAGGCGUUAUUUCACGGCAUGGCCUUCGGGCCAACCCGCAGGAAAAUCUGGAAUCUGAUGGAGAAGCCAUUCGCCUCAGUCACUGCCAAGUUGAUGGGGGUCGCCUCCUCGGUCUUUGUGCUGGUCUCUCUGGUUGCCAUGACUCUCAACACAGUGGAGGAGAUGCAGUACAAAACAGCGUCGGGCCAGCUCAGCGGCAGAUUCUAUGGCGAGUACGUCGAGACCUUCUGCAUUGCCUUCUUCACCCUGGAGUACCUGCUGCGCCUGGUGUCCACCCCCGACCUCAAGUGUUUCGGACGUAGCAUGCUGAACACCGUCGACCUGAUGGCCAUCCUGCCACACUACCUGCAGAUGGCCCUGGAGUGUUUCGACGAUGAGGACAUGCACCUGCAUUCAGGGGAUAUCGAGACUGUGGCUCGUGUUGGAAAAGUGGGUCAGGUUCUGAGGAUCAUGCGUCUGAUGCGAAUCUUCAGGAUUUUGAAGCUGGCUCGUCACUCGACAGGCCUCAGAGCCUUUGGCUUCACACUGAGACAGUGCUACCAGCAGGUGGGCUGUUUACUUCUCUUCAUCGGCAUGGGGAUCUUCAUGUUUUCAGCCAUGGUCUACACUGUGGAGCAUGACGUUUACGACACUAAUUUCACCUCCAUGCCACAUGCAUGGUGGUGGGCCACGGUGAGUAUUUCCACGGUGGGCUACGGUGACAUGUUCCCAGAGACCAACCUGGGCCGUAUCUUUGCCUUUGCCUGCAUCUCUUUUGGCAUCAUCCUCAACGGCAUGCCCAUCUCGAUCCUCUACAAUAAGUUCUCUGACUACUACACCAAGCUCAAGUCCCACGAGUACACCGCUGUCACCAAGGCCCGCGGGAAGCUGCACUUUUCCAGAAGGGCGACAAAGAGGUUCGCUGAGUGCUGCGAGGAAGUGGUUCAGCUCAGGACCUCCAACCUGCAGUGAGUCAGGUUAUAGAUUUACAAUUCUACAGUAAGAAUUGUCUGGAAAUUUUAAAUCCUGGGAUUGUUUUUGUGAAAUCGCUGAUUCAUGACCA